CAAUCGCAUGCGCAGAUGAACAGACGCAUGGCGUACUAAAAUCUAAAUAAUACAAGAAUUAAUAAAAAGACUGAAACACCAUGGUUAAGCUAACAGCUGAAUUGAUUGAACAAUCUGCACAAUAUACAAACCCAGUUCGAGAUAGAGAACUUGAUCUCAGAGGUUACAAAAUUCCAGUUAUUGAAAAUUUGGGAGCUACUUUGGACCAGUUUGACACAAUAGAUUUAUCAGACAAUGAUAUCAGGAAAUUGGAUGGAUUUCCACUGCUCAAAAGACUCAAAUGUUUGUUAGUCAACAAUAACAGAGUAGCGAGAAUAUCUGAUACAUUACCAGAAAGUAUACAAAGUCUUGAAACAUUAGUCUUAUCAAAUAACAGUAUGCAAGAAUUGGGAGAUUUGGACACUCUUGGUUCCAUGAAAUCACUGACUUAUCUCAGUUUAUUACGAAACCCUGUCACAACAAAGAAACAUUACAGAUUAUACAUUGUGUUUAAAAUACCUCAACUACGAGUUUUAGAUUUCCAAAGAAUUAAACAAAAGGAAAGAGAAGCAGCAAUAAAAAUGUUUAAGGGAAAGAAGGGACAAGAAAGAGCACAGGACAUUGGUAAAAGAAGUAAAACAUUUGUUCCUGGGGAGAAGUUGGUGGAAAGGACAGGUCCUUCAAAAGAGGAUGUGGAGUUAAUAAAGAAUGCGAUUGCGAAUGCCAAAACAUUAGACGAAGUUGAAAGACUUAAUCAGAUGUUGAAGACGGGCCAUAUACCAGGGAAAGAAAUCCGAAGACUCAGAGGUGAAGUUGUUGAGGAAGAAGAAGACAUGGAAGUUGCAAAUGGAACGUGAUAUAAAAUGG